AUGGAUACGGGUGACCUAACUGUAUUUGUGAUUGCAGCAGAGCGACCGCCUGUCGUAGCCGUCAUCUGCGGGCACGAGGGGGAAAAGCUCCGUACCCUCCUGUGUAGCUGGCGGUGGGAUAAUAACUGUCUCUACCGCGAGUGUGUGGCACAGGCGCUGGGCUCGGAAGCCGUCGAGUUGUUCCCCAUCAUCCUCCUCCUCUCCCUUGGUUGA